CGUUUCGCAAUAGCACCACAGCUAUUGCAAUCAAUUGAGUGCAUUUCGUAGACUACUCGUAGCGAGAUCGAAGACAACGCACAUCGCAACAUGCAGAGUUUCUUGCACAGCCUGGGGGAGAGUAUCACCCCCGUACUCAAAAACUCGAAGUUUAAGGAGACCGGUGUCCUAACUCCUGAGGAGUUUGUAGCGGCGGGCGAUUUCCUGGUCUAUAAAUGCCCCACCUGGUCUUGGGCUUCAGGAGAGGAAACCAAGCGACGACAAUACUUGCCAGCCGAUAAACAAUAUUUAGUCACAAAGAAUGUACCCUGCUAUCAACGAGUCAAAAACGUUGAGGACAUCAAACACGACGAGGUGGAUGUGGAAGACGAAGGUGGAGAUGGCUGGGUGGAUACGUUCCACUCGAGAGUUGCAACCACUCAAUUGGAAGCGGAGCUUAAAGACAUGACGCUCAAUGACACAGUGCGAAUACAGCCCAUCGAAGUCGCUGACGACGACUCGGACGAUGAUUCCGACGAUGUACCAGAUAUGGAUGAUUUCGAAGACGACAACUUACAGGAAGAUGAAGAGAGCGUUGUGAGGCCCAAAGAAGAGGAUAAUAUCUUAAAGACACGCACAUACGACAUAUACAUGACGUACGAUAAGUACUACCAAACGCCACGCAUGUGGCUCUACGGCUACGACGAGCACGGUCGGCCCCUGUCCGAGAGAGCGAUGUUCGAAGACUUCAGCCAAGACCACGCACGCAAGACAGUGACUAUGGAAUCGCACCCACACAUCAACCUCACAAUGGCCAGCAUCCACCCGUGCAAGCACGCCAAUGUAAUGAAACGCAUCAUAGACAACAUCGCGGGUCAGGGCAGAGAAGACCUACCGGUGUAUAUGUAUCUGAUGAUCUUCCUCAAGUUUGUGGCUAGUGUCAUCCCCACCAUCGAAUAUGACUACACCCGACAGACGGAGAUGUGAAUAGGCUGGUGCAAAGUAAUAAAUGUCAUGCUCGGG